UCUAAUUGUUGCUCCAAGUUCCCUGAGAUCUGAGUGUCCGUUCUUUCCAGCACUCUGCUAGGCUAGAAAAGGAGGAGGAACCUGUCCAGAAUCCCUGCAGGACAGGAAAAGGAAGGGACAUCUCAACAUGGAAAAACUCUGCAGUGAAAAUGAAGGAAUGCCUGAGAACCCAGGAAAGAUGGAAAACAAAGAACAGCCACUGGAUGCGGGAAAGCCAGGAGUAGCUUGUACUGUGGAAGACAAGGAAAAGUUAGAAAACAAAGGAAGGAUUGAUCACAAGGGAAAGAAAGAAGAUAAGGAAGUACUAAAGGAUAAGGAAAAGCCAGAGAGUGAGGCAAAGCCAAGAGAAGGAAAGCCAGUGAGCCAGGGAAAGCCAGAGAAUGAGGGAAAACCAAAAGAAGGAAAACCAGAGAGCAAGGGAAAAGCAAAAGAAGGAAAGCCAGCCAGCAAACCAAGGGCUGCAGGAAAGCGCCCAGCUGGGGACAAUGUACCCAGGAAGGCCAAAAGGAAAACCAACAAGGGGCUGGCUCAGUGUUUCAAGGAAUACAAGGAGGCCAUACAUGAUAUGCAUUUGAUCAAUGAGGAGAUGAUAAGAGAAUUUGACGAGCUGCCUAGGGUGGAGGAUGAAGUGAAGAAAACCAGACAGAAACUGGGGUUUAUGUGGAUGCAAAAAAGUUUACAGGACCCUUUCCACCCCAGGGGCCCAAGGGAACUCAGGGGUGGCUGCAGGGCCCCACAAAGGGGCUUUGAAGACAUUCCUUUUGUGUAGUGCCCCUGGCAGGCAUUUGCAAAGCCUUGAGCUUUAUUUAAUCUUAUGCUAAUACUAUGCUUUAGGUGUCACUCAUGUUAUCCAACUGCAGCCCUCUAUGUUUCAGUAGCAAAUUUUCAUCCAUUGCAUGGAAAAAUGUUUAUGGUGCAUUGUAAAAUUUAAAAAAAAAAAGUUUGCAGAACCAUAAAAAAUAAAUAAAUAAAUAAAAUAAAAACAAUAAAACUUCAAAAAAAAA